GAUCCAGCCUGGCAGAAGGUGAUUCAGAAGAGAACUGAGUUCAUCAAGUUACACACAGGUUCCAUCUGUUACUUAGAGCCUUUGUCACAGGAGAGGGGAGGGCAUCAACAGAUCGAGCACUUGUUUCAUUGUCGUGUUUAAGAUGGGGAGAAAUAGAGCUGCUCCGCUGAGCACUAAUGAGCUGUUGCUGUUUUCAAGUGGUAAAAUCUAAAUGGCAGGCUGGUCUGUUUCUGGAAUUGUGCUAAUAUGCUAGUGGCAUUGUAGGUGGCUGGUGAGGCUUAUCAUCACUUGUGUGGAGUGAAGGCAUUCUGGGCAGUCAUGCCAAAGUUACAGAAGAAAAUCUUGUUUUGCCUGGCUGGUGUGUUAAGCUUUGCCUGUGCUCUCAGCAUUGCAGCAGCUCUAGGGAAGCAGCUCUGGGUCAAAGGGACAAUCCUGUGUAAAACUGCAGCCUUGCUGGUCAAUGCAACGGAGGGAGAGCUGCAUCAAUUUGUUGGGGAAAUUCAGUAUGGCCUUUUCUUUGGACAAAGAGUGAAGCAAUGUGGGCUCGGGGGGAGACCCACUACAUUUUCAUUUUUUCCAGAUUUGCUGAAUGUCAUUCCUGCCAGCAUGCACGUCAGCGUGAUCAUAUUCUCCACAGCACUCAUUGUAUUUGCCCUGGUGGGAACAGGCUUUUUCAUGUUCAAUGCCUUUGGUAAUCCAUUCGAGACCUUGCAUGGCCCAGUUGGACUUUAUCUUUGGUGCUUUGUUUCAUGUUCCUGUGGCUGUCUUGUGUUAAUCCUCUUCUCUUCCGAAGUGAAAAUGCACCAUUUAUCAGAAAAAAUUGCUAAUUACAAAGAAGGAAGCUUUGUCUUUAAAACCCACAGUGAACAAUUUCAAACCUCUUACUGGAUUAUCCUGGUUUGCACCCUUGUGCACAUUGUCAAUGUAUUCCUCAUUCGGGUUGCAGGUUUCGAUUUCCCAUUUGCAAAGUCGAAAGAUCUGGAGACAAGUUCUGGGGCAAAUGAUCUAAUGUACUGAAUAAACAAAGCAGAGAUCAUCUAAUUUUAAGAGGGCUUGGCUAGGGCUGAUUUUGGUUUUAUCCAUUAGAUUAAUUACAAUCUGGUAACUUUCAUUUUUGUAGAUCAGUGUUUUUAGCAGACAUAUUAUAUUUUAUUUCUAGCCAGUGGAAACCUAUCUAUAUAAAUAGAUGUGUCAAGGGAAGACGAUUCACCCAGUUAUUAUCUCAGGUAUAGAGAAAAUUAGAGUAUGUAGGGGUAAAGAUGCACUGGGCCCUAUCAUACAUUGCACAAAUAUGAUAUUCAUACAGUAUAUAGAUAUUAUAUCUACAUUAGCAACACAUUAAGUUGCUGGGGGUAGUGAAGAGAAGGCUUAUUUAUUUCUGGCUCUGAUCUUACUCACACAGCUCACGACCAAGCAAAAAGUGAAUAAACAGUAAAGAAAUGGACAUCUCCAAGACAUCUCUCCAGCCAGCAGCUGGCUGUAGGAGAAUUCUAGGAGUUGCACAUCAGUGAUGGGAUCCCUGACUUUCUUCACAGCACUAUCAUUACCUAAGCUAGUAAAUUAUAUUUACAAUUUGUAUUUAAGAACCCCACCUUUCAUAUUUGUUUCCUAUGAAAAUAAAUGAAUGCAUUUUUUUUAAUUGUCAAAUACUGUUUUACCUUAGAGUAUAUACAGUAUAGAAAUGUGUUAUGGGGUUUAUAUUCAUUUUUUGUAAACAAUUUUGACUUUAUUAAAGAAAUGUAAAAUCUGAAAAAAUCUAACACGAACUAACUCGUGAUUUAAUUCAUUUCAUAUUAAUUUCUUAAACAACUGCAUGAGUACAGGAAAGGUCACCAAGUUCAGCUGGUAGAAUUGCAUUAUUAUAGGAGCUGUUGUUAUUAUUUUAUGAUGUUGUUUAAUAGAGUCCAAGUCAAUAUAAAUUUCCUUUUCUCAGAGGCAGCAGUGGCAGUGAGCCAUAUUUUCACCCUAUGUUCUCUAAAAGAGGAACGUGGAAAGCAUCUGCAGAAAUGGCUGAUUCUCGUGCAGUCAGAGUAAAUACAAACCUG